ACAUUUCACCCCAAAUCCAAAUUGCAAUGGCUCGAAAGAAGCCCUCAUCGUCUUCUUCACCAAUCACGAUAGGGAACUGUCAGGUGGUUGUUGAAGCAAAGAACUUCAAAGCCGAGUCCAACCAAAACAACCUUCAAAUAUCCCUUUCCAGAAACUCCAAAAUCGUGAUCUCUGUUGUGGAGGAUGCACAUGAAAAAGAACAUAAUGGCAUCCGAUUGUCUAGUUUGGGAGAAAAUGGAGAUUAUAACUUCGUGCUUGUUAACCCUAAGGAUUCUGAUGUUCAAUCAAAGUCUCUACUCCAAGAAAUAUUAAGCUUAUACACGAAAGAACUACCAUCAAUGAAUUAUGCUGCAAAUACUGGAAAGAAAUCUAUGUUCCUUGACAGAUGUGUAUCCAAUGGCAAGUAUUGUACGCUGGUUUUGAAAUCUAAGUCUAUGGAAGGUUCUGGAGAGGUUGUUGCUGCAAUUAGUUUUCAAAUAAUCCCUGCUGAUACCCAAUAUGCAGAGGUUCCACUUGCUGCUGUCAGUUCAAUUUACCAACAUAAGGGCAUUGGGCACCUCAUAUAUCUGGAAAUGAGGAAAAGGCUACAGAGUGUUGGUGUUCAUUCUAUAUUUUGCUGGGCAGAUGAGGAAUCUGAAGGAUUUUGGCUCAAACAGGGAUUUAUAUCAGUUGGUGAAGUAGAUGCCAAGGGUAAAGCUAGAAAGUUGGCAAUUAAAGCAGAUAUCAGGAAAGCUUUAUGCUUUCCAGGUGGUUCAACCCUCAUGAUUGCUCAUCUUCACAAUGAAUCUUCUGCAGUCUGUUUACAAGUUUCUUCUCUUUUGAAGUCUCAUGAAAAGUCAACAACUGUUUCCAUUGGUCAAAGUCAACAUCCUGGACCUGGAGUUGAAAAUCUGAUAACAGGUUGCCAAGAUCUUGUCUGUAUGGAUAGUCUGGAAUGCAUGAAUACAGACAACAAUUUAGAAGGUAUCAAAAUUAGUACUGAUGCUGAUGCUUCUAGACUUUGUUCAUGUUCUUCAUCUGGUGCAAAGAAGAGGACUUGGGAAUCCUCUCAUACCUCACUCAAGUCAAAAAAAGUCAAAGGAGGUCAUAUGAUUGUGUGUCAAUCAGAAAGCGGUUGUGUUUCAAGAAAUAAUAAAACAACUAAUAAUCAUAAUAAUUCCUAUAAAAUCAUGCUAAUGAACAUUGCGGAUGAUGCUAAAAAAUCAAAUCUUACAAAGAUAAUUGAGGAUCUCGGUGGCUCUGUUACAUCUGAUGGAAGAGUAAGCACACAUGUAAUCACUGGAAAAGUCAGAAAAACUUUAAAUUUUUGUACAGCUCUUUGCUCAGGAGCUUGGGUGAUAUCACCUGCAUGGCUAAAAGAAAGCUUCAGAGAAGGCAGAUUCGUAGAUGAAACGGAUUACAUUGUGAAAGAUGUUGAAUAUGAGUUGAAGUAUCGAACAGAGUUAAAGAAUACAGUAGUUAAAGCAAGAGCAAAUCCUGGAGGCUUACUUAAAGGAUUUGAAGUAUGUCUUGCAGCUCAUGUGCAGCCUCCUGUGAGUACUAUGUCGGCUAUUGUGAGGUCUGCAGGUGGAAAUGUGAUUGGGACUGUUGAAAAAGCAAAGGAUUCAGGGAAAACGAUAUUUGUUGCAAGUGAAGAGGGUAUGGAAGAAGCAUUGUCAGCUGUGAAGAAAGGGAUUGCUACUUUUAGUAAUGAGUGGUUUAUGAAUUGUGUCAUGAAACAGGAGCUAGACUUAGAGGCUCCUAAAUUUGCUGAAUCUCUUUAAACUUUAAGUUAAGUUUUGAAGAAUUAUUGUAAGAAUUGAUAUGCCCAC